CUCGAGCUACUUGAUGGUGCUCACUAAAAACUGCUGGGUUAUUUAAUCUACUCAACUGCUGGGUUAUGAAAUGUGUAACCCAUUUUGGGUUAUUUGAAUGAGAUUUGGGUUAUUUUUGUGCAACAUUUGGGUUAUUUAAUCUACUCAACUGCUGGGUUAUGAAAUGUGUAACCCAUUUUGGGUUAUUUGAAUGAGAUUUUGGUUAUUUUAGUGCAACUUGACCCAGCACCUGGGUUGUUGUACUUGUUUGAACCGGUUUGAACCGGUUUGAACAUCAUUACAUCUACAGCCAUCCUUGACAACGCCAGGAUCCAUUUUGUCUUCGAUCUGAGCGGGGGAAAAACAUCGUUGUUGCGAGGUAAAUCAACAAUAAGAGAGUGUACCAUAUCUGACGAAUGCGCAUCACAGCUUAAAGAAUGGUUAAGAAACAAUUGCCAGCCCCUCAGUCAGGUACAGGACUAAAUGCAAGACACUGCAGUCUACAGGGCCAAGUGCAUUAGGGACAACAAUUGGACCAUCUACCAGAUCCUCCAAGAAUUCCCUCGCCUAAUGAGCAAAGGCAUGGACUUUCUUAUCCUGCAUGGGGAUGCUUCAUCAAAGUUGUUUGAAACUUGGCUACCCAUUUAUGCGGAGAAAAUCCUGUACCUGUCAAGACGGGAGGGAAAGCUGAUCUCGUCCCUGGAUGGGUUAACACAAGAUGCCAUUGGUGAACUCAGCCUGAGGCAGUUGCCAUCCUUGCUCCCUCCAACUGCUUACAAACUUGGCCGUGGCCACAGUGCUAUAAUGGUUCGCCACACCACUGAAGAAUGUAACUUGGCCUUCAUCCACCAUAAACCUCCUGGAACCAACAUGGUGGAAUACCUCCACGAGGCCAAGGCCACAAGACCAUUCCCCUAUGUGCUGACGUUGGGAAAUGAAACACAGCAUGUGUCUCAGGCCUUUGUCAUCAUUGCUGGCCAGGCUGUGGAACAUGACACACUGCUUCAGGCCGUCGAUGCCUGCUUCAAGGCAUUCUUUAUUUUAGACAGUGAAUACCCGAGGCAGUGUGAACACGUCUGGAAAUUCCUGCAAACCACCGUCUAUGAAAUCCCAGGAGGGGAGUCGAAACUAGUAAAGUUUCUGCAGAGUAGAAUACGUGCUAGCAAAAGAAGCAAAUAGGUAUUUGUAAAAUGUACUCUUGACCAUUUAAAUGUUGUUUUUUAAGCACUGAGUUACAUGUAUUUCAGUGUACAUUGUUGCAGUUCUUGAUGUGAAGUGAUUAGAACUUUUAUAUUGUUUACAUUUAUAUGAAUAAAUUUCAAGGCAGUGCCUUGUAAAGAUUUCAGUAUUGUUGAAGUUUUAUUGUAUUGUAUAUGCUUUACGUGACCAAGUCUAGCAUGUAUGUUUUGAUAGUUGAGUGUGGAUAGGUGCAAUUUUCUGUCUUCCAAAAUGCACUGUAUGUAAUGAGUUAGAAAUAAUUUGGCAUAUUGACCAAACAUUUGGAGUGAUUACUGAACAUUAUGUUGUUUAAACAACCCAUAGUUUUAGUAAUUUGACCCAGCAUUUAGGUAGAGUAAAUAACACGUAAGUGUGGUUGAAUUUACCCAGAUUUGUGGCUAUUUUGACCCAGAAUUUGGGUGGAAUAUUUAACUCAUCUGCUGGGUUAAAAUGGA